AUGCAAGGAACUCAGAGCCUUUUGCAGCUGCUUUUCAUAGCUAUUACGGUCGCUGGUUUGCCCCAGGCCAUUCCAACCGAGCCCGUGGCGAGAGACAUCCAGAAACGUGCCCCGUUUGAUCCCUUGGAGAGAUGCAAGGAACGCCGGCCCGCCGCAGACGAGCUGAUGCUCAUCAGCUACGUGGGACACAACAUCGUAUUCAAGCCCUCUGAACAGAAAUUCGACUCCGAGAGCGGCGGCCGCUACGCGUUUCUGCUCGACCAGUCGUGCGAGCGGGUGGUUGCAGAGGCGCAAUACACGGCGCUGGGGGGCGGCAAAGGGUUUUCUGCCAAGAUUGGACGGUCCUACGACGGCACCGGCCCGGAGCUCGGCUGGCAGGUGACGAUCGAGUCCCAUGUCGGGGUGAUGGGGGCGACCUUUGGGAUCAACACCCCGACUAUCAAGAUCAACGGGGAGGAAAAGUGGAAAGCUUGUAGUGGCUUGCUGAGCAAAAACGAGGGGCUGGAUGUUGAUUAUUGGAAGGUCUGUAACUUCAGACCUGGCACGGUCUGGCCGAAGCCGUGGUGGCCCUACGGCAAUGGCUGGUAG